AAGUGGCAGAGGAGUAAUAACUGCCCUUGUCUCUCGGGAGUGAGGUACCUGGAGUUCAGGGGACCCACCUGUUGACAAUGACAGCGGACGAGUUGGUUUUCUUUGUGAAUGGCAAAAAGGUGGUGGAGAAAAAUGCAGAUCCAGAAACAACCCUUUUGGCCUACCUGAGAAGAAACUUGGGGCUGAGCGGGACCAAGCUGGGCUGUGGAGAAGGGGGCUGUGGAGCUUGCACCGUGAUGCUUUCCAAGUAUGAUCGUCUCCAGAACAAGAUCAUCCACUUUUCUGCCAAUGCCUGCCUGGCCCCCAUCUGUUCCUUGCACCAUGUUGCCGUGACGACUGUGGAAGGGAUAGGAAGCACCAAGUCCAGGCUGCAUCCCGUGCAGGAGAGAAUUGCCAAAAGUCACGGUUCCCAGUGUGGGUUCUGCACCCCCGGCAUGGUCAUGAGCAUGUACACGCUGCUCCGGAACCAGCCCGAGCCCACUGUGGAGGAGAUCGAGAAUUCCUUCCAAGGAAACCUGUGCCGCUGCACAGGCUACAGACCCAUCAUCCAGGGCUUCCGCACCUUUGCCAGGGAUGGUGGGUGCUGUGGAGGGAAUGUGGACAACCCAAACUGCUGCAUGAACCAGAAGAAAGACGACACACAGGUCACUGAGUCUCCAUGUUUAUUCAACCCAGAGGAGUUCAUGCCCUUGGAUCCUACCCAGGAGCCCAUCUUCCCACCAGAGUUGCUGAGGCUGAAAGACGCGCCCCGGAAGCAGCUACGUUUUGAAGGGGAGCGUGUGACCUGGAUCCAGGCCUCCACCCUGAAGGAGCUACUGGACCUCAAGGCGCAGUACCCCGAGGCCAAGCUGGUGGUAGGGAACACGGAGAUCGGCAUUGAGAUGAAGUUUAAGAACAUGCUGUUUCCUGUGAUCGUCAGCCCAGCCUGGAUCCCCGAGCUGAAUGUAGUGGAGCACGGCCCAGAGGGGAUCUCCUUCGGAGCCGCUUGCCCUCUGGAAUCUGUGGAAAAGACCCUGAAAGAUGCCGUGGCCAAGCUUCCUGCCCACAAGACAGAGGUGUUCAGAGGCGUCCUGGAGCAGAUGCGCUGGUUUGCCGGGAAGCAGGUCAAGUCUGUGGCGUCCAUCGGAGGGAACAUCAUUACCGCCAGCCCCAUCUCCGACCUCAACCCGGUGUUCAUGGCCAGCGGGGCCAAGCUGACCAUCGUGUCCAGAGGCACCAGGAGAACGGUUCCGAUGGACCACACCUUCUUCCCUGGCUACAGAAAGACGCUGCUAGGUCCAGAAGAGAUACUGCUUUCCAUUGAGAUCCCCUACAGCAGGGAGGGCGAGUUUUUCUCAGCCUUUAAGCAGGCCUCCCGGAGAGAAGAUGACAUAGCCAAGGUGACCUGCGGCAUGAGAGUCCUGUUCCAGCCAGGAACCACACAGGUGAAGGAGCUGGCCCUUUGCUAUGGCGGAAUGGCCGACAGAACCAUCUCAGCCUUCAAGACCACGCGGAAGCAGCUGUCCAAUUUCUGGAACGAGAAGCUGCUGCAUGAGGUGUGUGCAGGCCUGGCGGAGGAGCUGUAUCUGCCCCCCGAUGCCCCGGGCGGCAUGGUGGACUUCCGGCGCACACUCACCCUCAGCUUCUUCUUCAAGUUCUACCUGACGGUGCUUCAUAAGCUGGGCAAAGAGCAUCCGGAAGAUAAAUGUGGCAAACUGGACCCCACCUUUGCCAGCGCCACCUUCCUCUUUCAGAAAGACCCUCCGGCCAAUGUCCAGCUCUUCCAGGAGGUGCCCAAGGGUCAGUCUGAGGAGGACACGGUGGGCCGGCCCCUGCCCCACCUGGCCUCGGCCAUGCAGGCCUCCGGAGAGGCCGUGUACUGUGACGACAUCCCUCGCUAUGAGAAUGAGCUGUCCCUCCGGCUGGUCACCAGCACCCUGGCACACGCCAAGAUCAAGUCCAUAGAUAUUUCAGAAGCUCAGAAGGUGCCAGGGUUUGUUUGCUUUGUCUCUGCUGAUGAUAUUCCUGGGAGUAACACAACUGGACUUGGUGAUGAUGAAACAGUCUUUGCGAAGGAUAAGGUGACUUGCGUUGGGCACAUCAUUGGCGCCGUGGUCACCGACACCCCAGAGCACGCACAGAGAGCAGCUCAAGGAGUGAAAAUCACCUAUGAAGAACUUCCAGCCAUUAUCUCCAUUGAGGAUGCGAUAAAAAACAACUCCUUUUGGGGGCCGGAGCUGAAGAUCGAGAAAGGAGACCUCAAGAAGGGGUUUUCGGAAGCAGAUAACGUUGUUUCAGGUGAGUUGUAUAUUGGUGGCCAAGAUCACUUCUACCUGGAGACUCAUUGCACCAUCGCUGUCCCAAAAGGCGAGGCAGGGGAGAUGGAGCUCUUUGUGUCCACACAGAAUACCAAUAAGACCCAGAGCUUUGUUGCAAACAUGCUGGGGGUUCCAGCAAACCGGAUUGUGGUCCGAGUGAAGAGAAUGGGAGGAGGCUUUGGAGGGAAGGAGACCCGGAGCACCCUGGUGUCCACAGCAGUAGCCCUGGCUGCACACAAGACUGGCCGCCCUGUACGCUGCAUGCUGGAUCGUGAUGAGGACAUGCUGAUCACUGGCGGCAGACAUCCCUACCUGGGCAGAUACAAGGUUGGCUUCAUGAAGACGGGGAAGAUUGUCGCCCUGGAGGUGGAGCACUACAGCAAUGCCGGGAACUCCCUGGAUCUCUCUAGGGGUGUAAUGGAGCGAACUCUACUCCAUAUGGACAAUGGCUACAAAAUCCCCAACAUCCGGGGCACUGGGCGGCUAUGCAAGACCAACCUGUCCUCCAACACGGCCUUCCGGGGUUUCGGGGGGCCCCAGGGGAUGCUCAUUGCCGAGCACUGGAUGAGUGAAGUUGCAGUGACCUGUGGGCUGCCUGCUGAGGAAGUGCGGAGGAAGAACAUGUACAAAGAAGGGGACCUGACAUACUUCGACCAGAAGCUUGAGGGGUUCACCUUGCCCAGGUGCUGGGAUGAAUGUCUGGCAAGCUCUCAGUAUCACGCUCGGAAGAGUGAGGUUGACAAGUUCAACAAGGAGAAUUGUUGGAAAAAGAGAGGACUGUGCAUAAUUCCUACCAAGUUUGGAAUAUCCUUCCUUACUCCUUUUCUGAAUCAGGCAGGAGCCCUGAUUCAUGUGUACACAGAUGGCUCCGUGCUGCUGACCCAUGGGGGCACUGAGAUGGGCCAGGGUCUCCACACCAAGAUGGUACAGGUGGCCGGCAAAGCUCUGAAGAUCCCCACCUCUAAGAUUUACAUCAGCGAGACCAGCACUAGUACAGUGCCCAACACCUCUCCCACGGCCGCCUCUGUCAGCACUGACAUCAACGGACAGGCCGUCUAUGAAGCUUGUCAGACCAUCCUGAAGAGGCUGGAGCCCUUCAAGAGAAAGAACCCCAAUGGCUCCUGGGAAGACUGGGUCAAGGCCGCCUACCAGGAUGCAGUGAGCUUGUCUGCUACUGGGUUUUACAAAACACCCAACGUUGGCUACAGCUUUGAGACCAACUCAGGGAAACCCUUCCACUACUUCACCUACGGGGUGGCUUGCUCGGAAGUGGAAAUUGACUGCUUAACAGGGGACCAUAAGAACCUUCGCACAGACAUCGUCAUGGAUGUUGGCUGCAGUCUGAACCCUGCUAUCGACAUUGGGCAGGUGGAAGGCGCAUUUGUCCAGGGUCUGGGCCUCUUCACACUGGAGGAGCUGCACUACUCGCCCGAGGGCAACCUGCUCACCCGCGGCCCCAGCACCUACAAGAUCCCGGCGUUUGGCAACAUCCCCACUGAGUUCAGGGUGUCCCUGCUCCGUGACAGUCCCAACAAGAAGGCCAUCUACGCAUCCAAGGCUGUCGGGGAGCCGCCUCUCUUCCUGGCUGCCUCCGUCUUCUUUGCCAUCAAGGAUGCCAUCCGUGCAGCCCGAGCUCAGCAUGCAGACAAUAAUACAAAGGUGCUCUUCCAGCUAGACAGCCCUGCCACCCCGGAGAAGAUCCGCAAUGCCUGCGUGGACAAGUUCACCACCCUGAGUGUCACUGAUGUACCAGGAAACUAUAAACCCUGGUCUCGGAGGGUCUGAAGAGAAAGCCCCCAGGGGACUCUUCUCGUGUGAAGCGUGGAACAUGCCCUGAAGAACACGAAUCUAUGAAAACUGCAGGAUGACAACGCAGAACAGUGAAUGCAUUGGAAGAUUCUGAUAAAAAAUGUGAUUUGUAAACAUAAUGAUAAGCAAAUUCAGACCUAUUAGGCUCAAGGUCCAAGUGGCUAUUAGGCAAUGAAGGGUCCUUUCAGGUCUGUUUUAAUCAUGUAUAUGAUUAAAUAGAUUCAGGAAGUGUGUAUGCUAUGUCCCAACUCAUUGGACAGACGAUAUAACCUCAGGUGCUGACAAUGUCUGUCCUUCUGGAAUCCCACAAACCUCCAGAAGCUUGAACGAAAGCUACUUUAAAUCCACAUGCCUUCCUCAGGCAGCCUUUCCUUCGAGCCAAUGAACAUCAUAUUAUCACCUCAGAUCCAUACCUAAAAAUUUUUGUUGGGACAAUGUAGUGAGAUUCAAGCCUCUAACCACCUUUGGGUCAUCGGAGAGAAUAAAGAAUGAAACAAAUUCAAGGUUAA